CGCGCGACGACCUCUCACGCGCGAACGAUGCACGUCAUCUCCGCGAUCAGCGCGGGCUCUGUCGUCCGCGCGAAUUUUCAGUCUACGCCGCGCCGGAACGCGGCGACGCGAUCUCGCGGCGCGCGAUCCGCGACGCGCGCCUCUUCCGGAGACGAGCAGAGCGACGGAUCGAUCCUCUUCACGUUCGGGAAGGACCCCCUCGGCGCGCUCUUCCCGAAGCGCGAGCCGAGAGAGGGGCUCUUCGACGCGCCGAACCCGGCCGCGAACACCUUCAAGAACGAGGUCACGGAGGCGGAGGAGUACGCGCUGAAGCGGCAGUACGGCGGCGGGGGCGGGAUCUUAGACGCGCUCCUCCCGAAGCGCGAGCCGCACGACGGCCUCGCGGGACCGAAGCUGACGGAGGACGACGCGGAGGAGGCCGCCGCGCCCGCGCCCGAGCCCGAGCCCGCCGCCACCGCGGUCGCGACGGAGAAAGAGCCGCGGGAAGGCGGCGAGCUCGUGAAGGCGGUCGCGGCCGCGGCCGCGCGAGGCACGAGCGUCAAGGACGCGUUCGCCGCGCUCUUCCCGAAACGCGAGCCGAGAGAGGGGCUCUUCGACAAAGAGCCCGCCAACCCGGCGGCGAACGCAUUCAAGAACGAGGUCGACGACCGCGAGGACGCGGCGCUCAAGCGGCAGUACGGCGGCGGGAUCAUGGAGAAACUGCUCCCGAAGCGCGAGCCGCACGACGGGCUCGCGGGUCCGAAGAAGUGA